CCCCCUUUCUUUUUUGUUUCGCUUCGAUUCGAAGUUCAAACCCCAAACCCUCUCCCUCUCCAAAUCCUCGAUGAACCGCGGCGGCGUCGCCCUCUCCGGCGACGCCCUCUCCGGCGAUGGCGGAAGUGGCGGCGCCUCGCCUCCUCCCGCCGCCGCCGCCGUCGCCUCCUCUCUUUCCCCGGACGCUCCCCCAUUCACCCUCACUCGCCCUUCACCCUCCUCCUCCACGCCCUUUCCCGCCCCCACUCGCCGCCUCUCCUCCUCCGCAGCCGCCGCCGCCGCCGCCGUGGUCGGAGCAGAUCCCUUCAAUUACCACCAUCGCCCUCCUCCGGCGAACGGUCUCGGCUCCGUCGGCGGCGCCUUCGAUUCCUUCGGGGUCUCGGAUCGCCGCGGCGGGGGCGAGAGGAUCGGGCCCUCUUUGUCCUCUCAGAAAGGUUCAAUGGCUAUUGGAGUUGAUUCUUGCGGUACUACCAGGCAUGAUAAAAAUGUUGAUUCCAUCACAAGAAAUGUUAAAUCUGGAUCAGCAAGCUCCAUGUGGCGAUAUCAUGUCCAACCAAUGAGACCAAAUUCUCAAUCGAGAAGCCCUGAAUGGCCAGAUAAUGACAUCUCGGCAACUUACGGACAAAGUGUGACUUUUCCUUAUGACACUUCUGGGUUGCCAGAGUUCGCUUCAAACACAUUGUGCGAAGAAGGUUCUUAUUCUCUCUCUCAGUUACCCACAACAAAUUAUGUGGAAGAUUAUUACUGUUAUCCAUCUGCAACAUACUCUACCUCUACACAGCUGCUUACACCGUCACCGACAAGGGCUCCUUUCUCCAAGGGUCAUAGAGUGGUAAAUAUUGGGUAUUCAACUGUCAAUAGUAUAGAAGAUAAGGCACAGCAAACUACAAGAAGCGACCAUCAUAAUAACGAGGGAAAAGUGGCCCGAAGUGAGAACAUCACAGCUGAAAAAAGUAGCUUUGAGAAUGGAUCAUCUUCAGGCAAUAAAUUGUCUCCCAGGAAUUUCAUAGACUGUGCAAAUGGGCCUGUUUUGACAAUAAAACAUCUUGAUAUUCCUAAUGCCUUGACCUUUGCAAUUGAUUCCACAUUAAAAUCUGAGGAUUCCAUGCAGAAUUCUUCGGAACUGGACUCACCGUGUUGGAGGGGAACUUUAGCUUCUAAAUUAUCAGCAUAUAAAGCUGGUGAAUCUUCAACGCCGUUUGCAAUUAAGCACCCAGAAAAUUUUAAUACUUUGGAUCCAGAACAAAUGGAUAUUUUUAGAAGUGCAGAGCAUUCUGAAUGUCCUGUAGACCAAAACGGAAGCUUGAUUUCUGACGAUAGUGAGAAAAAGUUUUCUGCCUCUCCAAUGGAGUCCUCUUUUGCUGUUUCCUCAAACAUACAGAAGAAAUCUGCAAAUUCCAGUAAAACAACGUCAGAAUGUGCGGGAGAGUCUCAUGGAAAGGGGGUUCAGUGUGCAAAUGUUUAUACUAAAAGAACAACUGAAGAUCAGAAAAGGGCUGCGGAUGUAAAAGAUAAUGGAGUAGCACAUUCUGGUGCACAACUAAGUGUUGUUGCACUCAACCAUUUUGUAUCAGCGAAUGGAAAGUCUUAUCCUGAGAAAGAUAUAUCAGGUCGACGUUCGUCAUCAAGGAAAAACAUACAUGCCUUGGUUGAGACCAUGCAUAGUCAAUCUGAGAUGCUUUUGGAAACUAUUGGUGAUUGCAACAAUGAAAUGGCAGAACAAGACUGCGACCUCCUCCAUUUAGUAAUUGAGAAUCUUGAGACACUUUUGGACAAAAAUAGAAAGGGUUUUGUCAAGGAUAUUUCUAAUCAUUCCGAACUCAAGGCUCUUCGGACUCAGAACGCAGGUCGAAAGGUUGAUAUUGACAACAGAAGCAACGUCCUAGAUGUCCACAAUACGAAAGGUCAAAUGAGUGAUAAUUCUUCUGAAGUUGUUAAAGUGUAUAGCUUCAGUAAUUCUCAAGAAGAUUACGUUUUAAAUCAGCCGUCUUUGCAGGCCUUUGAGGGUCUUCGAAAGAUAACUUUCGUAGAGGAGGAAGAGCAUCCACGUGUACUCUUAUACAAGAAUUUAUGGAUCAAUGCAGAGAUUGCAACGUGUCAAUUGAAAUAUGAACUUCAAAAUGCUCGCAUGGAGUGCGAAAUGGAGACCGGUAAGAACCACACCAGAUGUUAGUAUACGUUCACUCACGGCACACGUCUAAUUCCUCUAGUCUGAUAUUACUUGUACGAAAAUAUUUUCUUUUCAUUUUGAAUGAGAGAGUUGCAUCUCAUCGGACCGGGAGCAUGUGAUAGGCCAGGAAUGCAUUUAAAUGACGAAGGUUUUUUGAAUUACAAGCUCUUUUGGGCUUCUCAUUCUUGUGAUGAAACUUUGUAAACAAGGACAGGCAUUCGGUGAGUGUGUAUAAAAUAGAAAUUGCGGUUUCGUA